AUGUCUGCGUCUGGCCCAACCGUCGAAAGUCCUAUCUAUGGACCCUUCUUUGGAGUUAUGGGGGCGGCAUCCGCUAUCAUCUUUAGCGCACUGGGAGCUGCCUAUGGUACCGCCAAGUCGGGUACAGGUAUCGCAGCCAUGUCGGUGAUGCGGCCUGAACUGAUCAUGAAAUCCAUCAUUCCUGUCGUCAUGGCGGGUAUUAUCGCCAUUUACGGGCUAGUCGUGGCUGUACUUAUCGCCGGUUCCCUUGAGAGCCCACCCACCUACACCCUUUUCAGAGGUUUCAUUCACCUUGGUGCGGGUCUUGCUGUAGGAUUCUCUGGUCUCGCCGCUGGUUUCGCCAUAGGCAUUGUAGGUGAUGCCGGUGUCCGCGGUACAGCGCAACAGCCCAGGCUAUUCGUCGGAAUGAUCCUUAUCCUCAUUUUCGCUGAAGUGUUGGGUCUAUAUGGUCUCAUCGUCGCUAUCUAUCUAUACACGAAACAGUAA